AUGUAAUAAUUGAGAAGGCUUGAGAAGUGAAAAAACCGAGUUGUUAGAAGGAGAUUGAAAUUGUGAAAGUUUCGCAAAGUGAUGAGGUCAAAAUUUAUGAGGAAAAUAUGAUUAUUUUAGAGACAAACUUAUAAAACGAUAUGCAGCAGCAAAUACAACGAGAUAGAUGUUCUGAAUGUAGAAAAACUGCAAGAGGAGAAAGAACUGUUAUUAAAAGAGAUUGAUUUACUGGGACUACUGAAAGUGGGAGUAAUGAAAGACCGUGAAGAAGAAAAGCACUAUCAUGGGUGCGAACGAAAAAACGGAAUUGAACAGAGAGUUACGGGAAAAUAUUCUUAAGGUUAAGAAGCUCGAAGAAGAAAAAGCGACGAUGGCCAAGAAAAUAGAGGAACUCAUAGGGACACAAAGAUAUGCAUGCUUUAAAAAGGAACAUGAAGAAAAGAUUCAAAUGCUAGAGCAACAAGAGACUGAACUGAAGGAACUAAUGAAAGCUGAUGCUCUCAAGGUUGAGAUGCUUGAACAGGAGAAAACAAUGCUUUUGAAGGAGCUUGAAGCGCUCAAGGCAGCACAAAGGGAGAUGUUGGCCGCAGCAUCACAAGAAAAAAAUAACCGGAACUAAACAUAGCAGCUGGGAAAAGGAAAUCCAUGGCAUGCAUCAGGUAGAUACCACCACAUCUGAUCUUGGUCACUCCUCCAUGGAAAGUCUCAAAACUAUAUCAGACUUAGAAAAGAUCAUCCAGGACAAAACCGGAAGAUAACCUCCAUGCAGAUAGAAAUCUCUUACAUCAAGUCCAUGAUGGCAGAGUCCGACAUUAAACUCAUUGAUAUCACCAAAGAGUUAGAGGUUAGCAAGGAUAACUGUCAAGAAUUGUCCUCCCAGCUGAAGAAAAUAGUCUAUCAGAAGAAUGAAGAGAUCUCUGAACUCAGGCGGCAAGUUGCCAAGAUGAGCGCCACAGAAAACCGCGCCAGUCAAAUCAUCAAGCUAUCAGCCAAAUAUCAAGCCAUGAUACUCAAGAGGAUUGCAGAAAUUAAGUCAAGCGCAGUAUUAAAGGAGUUAACCAAUUUCGGCAACCAGAAUUCCAACGGCGACGAGAUCCGGCGAAGCAUCGGCUCCGUAACUAUGGAGGAUUUAGAAAACUUCUUAGAAACUACCGAUAAACAUCUGAAACGGUGUUCGGAGAAACAGAUGGCGCUGCAAAAAGAUCGAGACCGGCUCACGGAAGUCAACAGAAUAAACGAAUCGGAGAUAAUCAACAUGAAGAAGUUCCUAACGGAGAUGUCCGUCAGUUUCCGAACGUUUACUACGGUGAAAGAAGUUUAUAACCAGAAGCUGUCUAAAGUCGUGUCUCUACAGAGGACAGUGAGACGGGACAUAUUGAGUUUAGAUGGACGGAUAACGGAAGCUACUAUGUGUAAAUUAGAACGUGGAUACGCCGCGGUGAUGCAGGAUCUUUCAGAGUGCGCAAUGAAUUUGGAGCGCUGGGUGGACCGGAGCGUCAGCAGAAUGCUAUCCGCGGAGAAAAUUAAGCAAGCAUUCACUAGCGACUUAGAACAGGCUUCACUUUCCACGAACAACUAUCAGAAUGCGGCGGUCGAAGUGCAGUUAAGUGAGUUAGAGAACUCCUUCCAGAAGCUUCUGUCAGAGAUUGGUAGAGCGCAGAAGGGCGAGGGCGCAAGGAGUGCCCAAGAGGUCACGAUCAUGGAGGUCCGCGCAGAGUACGAGGACAAACUCAACAGAAUGAAGGCUAAAAUGAAAGAGCUGUUCCACGAGGAGAUGGGUAGACUGAAACAGAAGCAAGCGGAUGAGAUAGCGAUACUUGAACGGGAGUUAGCGAAGUGUAAAGAAAAGAUGGCCGAGUCGAGUAAAGCGUACGAGGAGCAUAUCCGGGCGCUCACGACGGAGCUCUGGAGCGUGGGAGAGAAGUUUCUGGUGAAGCAGGAGGAAGCUGAUUGGUUGAGGAAGAAGCAGUCGGGAUCGCUUAUGUCGUUACAGCAUGUGCAUUCGUCUGGUUUACAUCCUCAUGGGCACGGGCAAGAAAUGUUUGGACGGCCAUCAGACACGCAUUCUCUGCGAUCUCUGCCUGUGCACAAUAAGAAAACAGAAGCCCGCGGCCUGCACAUGUCCGACGAAGAAGGCGAAGUUUUCGACAACCGCUUCCUCAAGGAACUAGCUGCCACGCCUCGCGCCUCUCUCGCUCCGGGACAACGAAUCUCCGAACUGAAGCGAAGAAAUUCGCUCGUUCCACCACAUCUGAAGAGUUCCUACCCUGCUGAGAUGCAGUUUGCACCAACGCUUGAAGAGGAGGACAUUAAGUGUGCCAGUACAAGCUUCUCCAUCGGCCGUCAGCAACGGAAAGAGGUCGGCAUUACCGCCUACAAGAAGCCCGGGCCACCCACACCAAGCAAGCAAGCCGGCCGUCUCUCCGCCACGGAUUGCGAGCUCCGCGAGUCGCUGCGAGUGGACGCGGACCCGGGCCGCAAGACGAGCACGCCGUCGCGGAUCCGAGCGCUGUUCCGCUCUAACAGGAACGAUACUGAUGUGGUAACGCCUCGCAGUCGAAGAUUUAGUAGUAUUUUCAGAAAGAAAUAAUUACUAACUGUGAUUUGUCUUUUAUAGCCAGUGCCUAUUGUCGGUUAUUUUAUUAAUAAUAAUUAUAUGAUUAUAAUGCAAUUUCAUUAAAUUAUUGACA